AUGAGACGGAUCUCUGAAGGCUUUUUCCAUAAUUCCAACUCUAAUUCUAUCAUUCUGUUGCUAUCACUGGACGUGUCCCGUCAUCUCUGUCCGGAGAUCACACCAAACCUCAACAUGAUGUCUACGGGAAUAUUUACUGUAGUCUAUGCGAUCUUGGGACUGGCCUUGGCAAUCCCUUCUAACACUUGUAUUGUGAUGGGUAAUCUGGACAUCAUCAGAAAGAAAGGGAAGUUGAGUCCCUCCGAUGUGAUCUUUCUGGGGAAGGGAAUUGUGAAUAUUCUCCUCCAGUGUGUCCUGAGUCUUCAGGGAAUGUUCUUUGUCUUUUCUCCAGAAAUCUUUUAUAUAAGACCAGUAUAUGGAUUUAUGAACACAUCAAUUUACUUCCUGACAUAUUACAGCUUCUGGUUGACCUUCUGGCUCUCGGCUCAUUACUGUACCAGCAUCACCAAUCUCAGCUAUGGGUUCUUCAUCUGGAUACAGAGAAUUGUGUCCAAUUUCCUGAGUCACCUUCUAUUCCUGACAGCACUUGGGGUGUUCAUUGUGACUGUCCCGGGCUUCUUGGCUGUGUAUGGAGGAAGUAUCCCAUCUUCUGAGAAUAGUACAGAAGACUCUAUUACAAGACUCUGGCUCAGUAAUUCCUAUUAUGUGCCUGCAAACACCCUAUGUGUCAUUCUUCCAUUCUUCCUUAGUCUUCUGUGUCUGGUCCUCACUUUCUCCUUUCUGCUCAGACAUGUCUGGAGGGUGAAGAAUAACGACUCGGGAUCAACACGUCCAAAUCUUCAGGCUCAUGUCACGGCACUGAGGACAAUCUUCUUCUUACUUCUCAUCUUCACAUUCUUCUGCGUGUCUCAAGUGGCUAUGUUUCUUCGAAAAUCCUCACUGUUAAUACUUAUAAUCAGUUGGAGUUUAAGAAUAUUAUCCCCAUCGGGUGAGGCUGCCGUCAUCUUCCAGGCCAGCAACAAGCUGAGAAGGAUCAUUCUGAGAAGAUUCUGGACCAGAAACCGGAGGAACACAGAGACUUAA